AUGCACACUGCCUUUCGUAUUGGCGAAAUUAUACAAAUUGAUAAAAACAAUCCACUUUAUCAAGUGGAACUUAAACUGACAUCGGAUGAUGAUGAACAACUUCGUACACUCACCAAACAUAUACAAGAACAAGCAGGUGGGACAGGAUGGGAGCGAAUAGGUAGCUUGCUCCUCAAAAUAAACCAAUUAGAUAAAGCUGAAGAACUCUACGAAUUAUUGCUCGAACAGACAUCCGACGAGAGUAAAAAAGCACUUUAUUAUACUCAACUUGGAUAUGUCAAGGAUGAUCAAGGUGAUUAUAAGAAGGCUAUUUGGUAUUAUGAAAGAGGACUUGAAAUUCGUCAAAAAAUUCUUCCUGCAAAUCAUCGUGCAUUGGCUAUUUCCUACAACAACAUCGGUUUGGUGUAUAACAAUAUGGGAGAGUAUUUAAAAGCACUUUCAUUUUACGAAAAAACAUGUGAAAUCUUCGAGAAAACUCUUCCUGCAAAUGAUCCUGAUUUGGCGACUUCCUACAGCAACAUCGCUGGGGUGUAUGACAACAUGAGUGAGUAUUCGAAAGCACUUUCAUCUUACACAAAAGCACUUAAAAUUUGUGAAACAACUCUUCCUGCAAAUCAUCCUGAUUUAGCGACUCUCUACAACAACGUCGGUGGGAUGCAUCAAAACAUGGGAGAGUAUUCGAAAGCACUUUCGUUUUUCGAAAAAGCACUUGAAAUCCGCCAAAAAACUCUUACUGCAAAUCAUCCUUCAUUGGCUAUUUCCUACAACAAUAUCGGUCUAGCGUAUAAAAGCAUGGGAGAGUAUCCGGAAGCACUUUCGCUCUACGGAAAAGCACGCGAAAUUUGUCAAAAAGCUCUUCCUGAAAAUCAUCCUUCAUUGGCUAUUUCCUACUACAACAUCGGUGAGACGUAUGACGACAUGGGAGAGUAUUUGAAAGCACUUCCAUCUUACAAAAAAGCACUUGAAAUUCGUGAACAAGCUCUUCCUGCAAAUCAUCCUGAUUUGGCUACUUCCUACUACAAAAUUGGUCUAGUCAAUGGCGGAACUAUUCCAUUUCAUCGAAAAGACUUUUAUGGCUUUGACCGAAUUCGUAUAGGCUACAUGAAAGACCAGUGGAAUGUCUUCUUCAACAAUCGUAAAGUUGUUGAUGCAUCAGCACGUUCAUUUCAAGAUCUUGGCUUUGGAUACGGCAAAGAUAAUUGGAACGUGUUUUACCUCGGCAAUAAAAUGCCGGAUGCCACAUCACGAUCAUUUGAAGUACUUCAGCCCUACACUGGUUAUACCAAAGAUACGUGGAAUGUGUGUUAUCUUGGCAAGAAAGUGCCAGAUGCUACACCUCGUUCAUUUGAAGUACUUCAGCCCUACACUGGUUAUGCCAAAGAUACAUGGAAUGUGUAUUAUUUCGGCAAGAAAGUGCCAGAUGCUACAUCUCAUUCAUUUCAGUCGAUGAGCAAAGGCUAUGGCAAAGAUACCUGGUCAAUAUUUUUUAAAGGAAAGAAAUUGCAAUGA